UUUGGACUGAUUCUUUCACUUGUUUCGCUAACGAUUAGCGUUGUUGAUGUCGGGGGUGGCGUCGUCGAACUUGGAUAUGGUGUGGAAAUGGCAUAAUUUUCAAAACCUUCUUCAUCGUACGGCAACUGCUACACUUCAGCCAGCUCACCUUAUCAAAAGUACGAGACGACUGCUUAUAAAUCGACUUCGCCAUACUCCACGGCGGCUCAUUCGUACUACCCAUCAACGACUUCUUAUUACAAUUCGCCGGAUUAUUCCACUGCUAGCUACGAAACUGAGGCACCAACUUACAAAACGACGACGCCUUCUUACUACACUACUCCGUCUUACACCCCUCCUGGCUACAAAGUUGAAGCCCAAUCGUAUUACGAAGCAACGGCUUCUUAUUAUACUACAACAGCUUACUCCACUGCUGGCUAUUAUACCACAGCUAGUCCUUAAUACGAGAAUGAUCCCUCUUACGGUUACACAACAGCUGCUCCUCACUACGAUGAUACAGCGUCUUAUGCAGGAAAGCCCUACCAUCCCGAGUACGACGACCCAACAACGUCUUUUUAUUAUCCUGCGCCAGCUUAUACCAUUGAUGGCUACCAGUACGAAGAAUAUCCUUACCAUUCCACUCCUGCUAGCUAUGCAUAUGGACCUAUUGCCUACACCGCAGACAGUUCUCACCAAGCUGCAGAAAAUUACUAUAUCCCCAGCGGUUACAUUAGCCCAUACGACGUUGAAUCUGCUACCGGAGCCUAUGAGGAAUCUGUUUCCUACUACUAUGCCAAUGCUGCACCCCAUCAAGAAGAAGCUGGUUAAUACUACCCAUCUGCUUCGCCAUCCUACCGAGAGCUACCUGCUUACUACGACGCCACCGCAGUUGCGUAAUAUGAAAAGAGCCCGUCUUACUACAUCACAACAGCCAAUUGCGCUGAAGUUCAUGGACACUCCCUCACCGCAGCUCCUUCCUACUACACCACUACGGUUUCUAUCUACUACACCACGGAAUAUGCUAGCACCAACGCCAAACCUUCGCACUAUAAAACGGACUAUUCGUACUACACAGCCGCUGCCUCCAACCAUUACACAACCGCUGCUCCCAACUAUUACACAACAAAAAAUCCAGCUUACCACAGUACAGCCUCCCCCAGCUACGCUGCUUCCUCGGUUCCUGGAUAAAAUUACCAGUGUCCUACCAUUUACUGUCAACCAAAUGCUAGAUACUACUACCAGAGUCCUUCCUACACCGGCCGCAAACCAACUUCGGGCUACAGCUACGAGCAUCAGCCGGCUGCUAUUCCCAGUUACAAUUACCAGCAUAGCUCAUACCCAUCCUAUCCAGUAAGGUAUCAAGCAGUGCCAGGUGCGUAUUAUAACUCGUAUUUGCAAUAAGUUCUAGCUAUCAAUUUAAAGUUAUUGUUUUCAUUAAACAUAAAAUUUAUAUCUCCAUUAUUUGAGUUGCAUGCCCAAUUCAGCAAAUUAUUUAACUUUGAGCCAAGUAGUAUAUAUUACAUGGUUCAGUCCAA